AUGUGUGGGGAUGAGAUAGGCGCACGAAAGUGGAGUGGAGGCGAACAGGCCAAACAGCAACAAAACUCGGAAACAAACUUUGGAGUACUGAAACCGUCAGUUUUCAAAAAGACGACAGGAAGAGAAGAUUUGAAAAUGAAUAAGUGGGGCACUAGCCUAUAUACGGUGUGCUCGCCUGAUUUCAAAUUAUCAGCAGCAUGCCAAGAAGUCACUCGUUUCGAUCUCGUACCGCUCCAUACCAUGGGACUUUGGUGCAAGAAGGGGUCACAAGUCAAUCAGUUCCCGUUGCUUUUCGGGUCUCCUUACAAGACUCAGCCUCAGGCAAAACCGGACAAGGGUUGUCACGUGUCACGGAAAUAUCACAGCGGUAGUGUGACAAGGGCGUUCUAUGGUAUUUGGCGGCGAGCUAACAAAACUACGUUCUCAACACGCGCCCGCCAGGAAUUUUUAACUUUAGCAACUUCUGCAGAACUGCAACAGAAUCGCCUACAAAGUGAGAAGGGCAACCACCACAUAGGGGUAUCAUCCAGCUUGGUCGUUGUAGUGCAUCGUCGAGGGGAAGAUCCUUCAGCUCGAGUAGGUGUCGCCUCGCCAGUUGCAAGAGCUUGCCCCGAAAGCAUUGAGUAUGGGACUAGGCAGUUUGUGACCAGGAUUGUAAUAUUGAGUACUGAGUAA